AUGCUAAACUACCAAAUCCACAAGAACCUUACCAACGUAAAAUGGGUGAACAUCUUCUCCCCAUGGGAACGUCAACGUGCCUACUUCGCCGUCCUCGUCUGGUUCGUCGUGAUCUACCCGUUCUGUUGUCUAUGCCAGUUGGCGCCAUUCGUUCUAUUCUUCACUGGUCAAUGGGUAUUCCUUGUCGUGUAUGCUGCAUGGUAUUACUAUGACCGGAAUGCACCGAGAAGAGGUGGCUACAGGGAUAACUGGUUUAGAAGGAUGUCACUGCAUAGAUGGUUCGCUGACUAUUUUCCUAUUAGACUUCAUAAAACCGCAGAGUUGGAUGAGAAGCAGAACUACCUAUUCGGCUACCACCCGCAUGGAAUCCUUGGAGUUGGUGCCUGGUCAUGUUUCGGGUUUAAUGGAUGCAAUGUGUCACAAGUGUUCAAAGGAAUCCGCUUCUCAAUCUGCACACUUCCCGGCAACUUCACCGCAAUGUUCCGCAGGGAAAUCCUAAUGAGCAUCGGGAUGAUCGAAAGUUCCAAGGAAUCCAUAGAAUACGUGUUGAAUUCUGAAGAGAAGGGACGCGCCGUCGUGAUAGUAGUCGGUGGAGCAGCCGAGGCACUCGAAGCUCAUCCAGGGAAGCACACAUUGACACUGGCAAAUCGAAAGGGAUUUGUAAGAGAGGCAAUUAAGACUGGAGCACAUUUAGUGCCAGUUUACGCAUUCGGAGAGAAUGAUAUCUACAAACAAGUCGAUAAUCCAGAAGGUUCCAUGCUCAGGAAAAUGCAAGAGUGGGGAAAGUCAAAGAUCGGAAUCUCGCUCCCGCUGAUCUACGGAAGAGGAUAUUUCCAAAUGGCUCUAGGACUCCUACCCAUCAACACCUCUGUCAAUGUGGUAGUAGGAAAACCCAUUCCAGUCACAAAGAGCAUUACGCCAGCUCAGGAAGUGGUUGAUCAAAUCCAUGCGAGAUAUAUGGAGGAGCUGUCCGACUUGUUCGAUGAGCACAAAGAGCGUUUCGGUGUGGCAAAGGAGACACGUCUCGUUUUUCAGUGA